AUGUCUCGUCCACGAAGGGUUGAUACUACGUCCACUACAAGCCUCCUUCACUCGGCUGGUCCAUCACAGACAUUCCGACGAGAAUCGGAAUGGUUUUCACUUUCUGCGGACCCGCGGGCGUGGGGCUCAAAUUUGUCGCCGAACGUAACAGAAGCAGACGAUGAACUACACAAUCCUAUAGCCCGAGGAGGGAAGUCAUUGGAUGACGAGGGAUUCUCCUUUUUUUCAAGUCGAGGAAUGGCGAAUUUUGGUUGCUUGUUUGUUCUUUGCGCAGGAAUGUUGACAAUGUUCGUCGGGUAUCCUAUCCUCACAUAUGUGCGGGAGCAGAACGACUCAGUAGCAUCGAUUCUAGGUGUCAAUGCGUCGGGACAGGUUCCGGAUAUAGGUAACUUUGGCUUAAUAGACGUGCACACUCCAGACGAUGCCCAAACUUUCACUUCAUGGCGCGAUGGGAAGGAGUGGCGUCUCGUCUUUUCUGAUGAAUUUGAGGAGGAAGGGAGGACAUUUUAUCCCGGUGAUGAUCCUUACUGGGAAGCCGUCGACCUUCACUAUUGGGAAACCAACAACAUGGAAUGGUACGAUCCGGCCGCUAUAACUACAAAGAAUGGUUCUCUCGUUAUCACGCUAUCCGCAAAGGAGACACAUGGCCUUGAUUAUCAAGGGGCGAUUGAACACAGGAAUAAGUUCUGUUUUACUGGUGGAUACCUGGUUUCGUCUGUCCAACUUCCGGGAAUCAACAAUGUUGUUGGGCUAUGGCCGGCUGUAUGGUCUAUGGGAAAUUUAGGACGCGCGGGAUAUGGUGCCACGCUUGACGGCAUGUGGCCUUACACGUACGACAGUUGCGACGUUGGCACAGCACCCAAUCAGACAACCGAUGGGCUACCAGCAAUAGCUACAACGAGUGGCUACGAAUACUCCAACUAUGAAUUAUCAUACUUGCCGGGACAGAGACUAUCGCGAUGCACUUGUUCUGGAGAAAGUCAUCCAGGUCCAAAGCACAGUGACGGUACCUAUGUGGGAAGAUCCGCUCCCGAAAUCGAUGUGUUUGAGGCACAAAUCAGUGACGGCAGUGGUCAAGUAUCUCAAUCUGGACAAUGGGCACCAUUUAACGCCGGAUACGUCUGGGACAACAGUUCGGAUAACUUGAUCAUUGCAGACACUAGUAUAUCCACGCUCAACACAUAUACCGGUGGGUCGACACAGCAGGCAACUUCAGUGGUAUCGGAAACGAAUCAGGAGUGCUAUCAAUUGGCAUCUGGGUGCUUUGCGAUCUACGGAUUCGAGUCAGACGACGCUUAUAUUUCCUGGAUCAAUGAUGGCAAGGUCGCUUGGACACUAAAUGCUGCUGGUAUGGGGGCGGAUAGCGCCACUGAAAUAUCUGCUCGACCCGUACCAGAAGAGCCCAUGUACAUCAUAGCUAACUUGGGCAUGUCCACCAACUUCGGAACUGUCGAUCUAGAUCAUCUCACGUUCCCUGCAAUCAUGAUGAUAGAUUAUAUUCGGGUUUAUCAGGACCCAGACAAUAUCAACAUUGGAUGUGAUCCGGACGGCUUCCCUACGGCGAAGUAUAUCGCAAGUUACAAUGAAGCAUAUGAAAACCCCAACUUGACGACAUGGGUAGAUGACUACGGUCAGACCGUCCCUAAAAAUUCGCUGCUUGAUGCAUGCUAG